GAAGGGGCGGGGCUUUCCGGCGUCUCGGAGUCCGGCCGCGACCGGGGUCCUGUCUGGCAGCGGGACUCGGGAGGGGCACGGCGGCGGCGGCGGCAUGUCGGGGCCGAACGGGGAGCCGCACGGGCCUGCGGGAAACGUCGGGCGGGGCGAGGAGGGGGAGGAUGACGGCUUCGGGGAGACAGAAUAUGCAGCAAUAAACUCCAUGCUGGACCAAAUCAACUCCUGUUUGGAUCACCUGGAGGAGAAGAAUGACCAUCUGCAUGCCCGCUUGAAGGAGCUGCUGGAAUCCAACCGUCAGACACGCCUGGAGUUCCAGCAGCAGCUGAGUGAAGAGCAGAACAUGCAAGCUGAUGUGCAGGGACCACACACGGACAUCUAGUUCCUGCUGUUUGCUGGACACAAACUGUCAAAUAGUUUUUACUUCCAAGGGGACCUCCACUGUCUGUGGUUUAAUGUAAAACUUGACUAGAAAAGGUACUUGCUGUUGUGCAGUCCCUCCAGUGGUUAAAUGUUCUGCCCUUC